AUGGAGAAAUUUAAUUGCGUAAGAAACACAAGAUUUGAGCAUCACAACACCAGGACAAUCCAACAACUUCACGUUUUUGUACAAGUGAACCUCUUGCAGAGACCUAGUCAGCCAAGGAGUGGCACCAACAUUGACAACAUGAGCUCUCUUCAAACCCUUAAUAAGACUAAAAAAACUUCGGAUUCUUCAACCAAGUCCACAUCUCAUUUGAAUGUCCAUCCUAAUGGUCCUUCAUAUGCUCCUCCUAUGAUGCCAUUAGAUACUGAUGAUGGCAUUUCAUAUAAAGGUUCGAUACAUGAGUACGUCAAUAGCUUGUGCAAAGCUAGCGACAACAUCCUCGCAAUCUUGAACGACUUGAAUGACUUGCCAGAGGUUAUGAAGCAGAUGCCACCUCUCCCAGUGAAGGUGAACCAAGAGCUGGCGAUUUCCAUCCUCCCACGCCCUCCUCAUCAAAUGAAGUCGUGA